AUUUUGACACUGUGGAGAGGCCCAGUGCACCAUCUGUUGUUACCCAGCAUGGGUACACACCGGAAGGUAUACCUGUUGAUGUCGUAAUGACUGAUCAGACUCCACUUCAUGGUCCAAAUUCAUUAAGAACACCCGAAGAUGUCAACAUGUCGAGUCUGCCAUUGAGUCCUCCCAACUAACUGGGUUACGACCACCACUUCAAGCCUACAAAUGCAGCAUGUCAUAUGAAAGAAAAACAAGCACUUAAGAGGGAGAGGGAAAAUGCCCGGUAUGAGCAACAUGAAGAAGGGAUAUUACAGAGCCUACGUGAGAAACGGUGCCGAGCCAAAUCUACAGUUGUCCCAACAACCGGAGAACAAACUCAAUCCAGUACAGAUUGUGAUUGGCUACACAAAAAUGAUACAUACCAGAUGCAAAACAUUGGAGGGAGGAUGACGCCAGUCAACAUACUCAGUCAUAAAUACGUAUAUAAAUUGCAUGACUGCGAUGGAGCAUCUAUAGAUGACAUGGAUGCUGCACCAGUAUGGGUAUUAAAUAGAGCCAAAGAAUAUUUUGAAAAUGAUAUGAUAUUCAUUCCAAUAAACAUGGACGACGUUCACUGCUACCUAUGUGUUAUAAAUGCUAGAAAACUAUGUGUUCAAGUGCUCGACUCGCUAGGCCCAUCAAUGAAUCGCAAGGACCUCACUGAUACGCUAGAAGGACCGGAGGAUUUAUUCAAAUAUGCAUCCGAGCACAUGGAAUUAAAAUCCAAUAAGUGGACUGAUCUAAGUGUUACAACAUGGAAAAGAGAAGAAUAUAUUAAGAGCAGUCUUCAGACGGAUGGCCCCUGUCUGGUUAUUGGAUUUUCAAUUUAAUGCACUCAUGGCACGAUUGGACGCUAUAUUUUUCAGUACCCAAGGAUGAUUUUGAACCGAUGAAGCGAUUUUUGCUUCAUAUUUUGAAGUAUGAAGAGAAUGAAGUUCCAAACAAUAUCCCAGUCUUAGAACGAAGCAUUAUAGAUCGCAUCAAAAGAUGGACCUUAUCAUCAUCAACUAAUGAUUGAUAAAGUUGCUUAGUUGUUAUUUUUAAGUAUUUUUAUAAUAAGUAACAAUCACAAUACAUUUAUAUAAUCGUUAAUUUUAAGUGAUGACAUGUAUACAUGCGCGAGUUUUUUUCAUUUUGUUUUUGAAAUUUUGGGAUCACAACAUUUCAACAAUGGAAGUCUUUCAUCGGUCAAACAAGACCUAUGACUUAAUCUAAAAUAAAUUAUUAUAUUGAAAUCAUUGGACGUGACACGCAUUUAAAUGUUCAGAUAAAAACACAAUACGAUGUACAUGUUUUUAAUGUAGUUUAGUAAGAUACAU